AUGGCUUCUGUGUCACAAGACCCAUCGACACCAGCAACAGAAACCCCAGAAAACACUCCGUCUCCAUCCCCAGCACCUGAAGCAGUAAAUAAAUUCAAUUGGCUUAAGCAUGCGAGGAAUGCUAGGAAUAAUCCAUUUGUGAAGUCCCGGCCUUCUUUAAACAGGGAAAGCUCGACAUCUGAAUUGUUCUCCAGGGAAAAUUCUAGCCAGGACUUUUUUCAAAACUCCAGAUUGAACCUAUUUGAUACCGCCCCGAAGCCGGAAGUUUCGCAAGGUUAUAAAAAGGGCGUAUCCUUUAUAGGAUGGCACCAGCGUACGAAAUUGGAGCGGGUACUCCUAGUAUCGAGUAUCGUUCUUCUUCUGGCGACGUUAUUGACCACUUCGCUGCUGAUGGUCAUGCGUGGUCCAUCGUACAUACCGGUGCCGCCUUGCUAUCGUCCUGAGCCUAUGGAGGAAUCGAGCGUCUGUCUAUCAAGUUCCUGCAUUUACACGGCCAGCGAGGUGAUCAGAGCAAUCGAUGAGAAGCAGGACCCUUGCGAAGACUUCUACGAGUUUGCAUGCGGUGGCUGGAUCAAGAACAAUCCGAUACCUGAAGGAAAAUCUAGUUGGGGUAUCUUCAGUAAGAUCGAGCUUCAAAACCAGCUGACUAUCAGAUACGCGUUGGAAAAAGUCAACAUCUCGGAGGAAUCUGGCGCUGAGGCCAAAGCAAGAAUAUACUAUGACGCGUGCAUUGAUACUAAUGAGACCAUAGAGAAGCUGGGUGAAAAACCUCUGAUUGGCAUCAUCAAGAAGCUGGGCGGAUGGCAUAUACUCCCUAAUACCCUGGUCAAACAGCAAAAGUGGGAUAUGCAAAGACUGAUUCAGGAUGUGCAGAAUAUGUAUAAUCUAGGUGGACUUUUCAAUUGGGCGGUAACGGAAGAUGACAGAAAUUCGUCGAAACACGUCAUUGUUUUGGACCAAGGCGGUCUGAACCUACCAACACGUGACAACUACUUAAACAAAACAGCCCAUAAGAAAGUUCUGGACGCUUACCUAGACUACAUGUCGAGAAUCUGUGUAUUGCUUGGCGCGAACAAAUCGGAAGCGAGAGCCCAAAUGAGCAAGGUCAUCCAGUUCGAAACGGAGUUGGCCAAUAUCACAACCCCGUCAGAAGACAGGAGGGAUGAAGAGGGUUUGUACAACCCCUACACGCUGAAGCAAUGGCAGAAGGAGGCGCCAUUUUUGAACUGGUCCUCGUUCUUCAAUGACGCGUUCAAAUUGGUUAAUAGAACUAUAUCAGACAAUGAGAGGAUAGUCGUGUACGCGCCCGAAUAUUUCCGGAAUCUGACGCGAGUUUUAAGAAAGUAUAGCAAAACUGAAGAAGAUCAAAAAACUUUGAACAGCUAUAUGAUGUGGCAAGUAUCUCGAUCUCUCUCGACCUACCUGUCCAAGUCUUUCCGUGACGCUACCAAGAUUUUGCGGAAGGCCUUAUUCGGUUCCGAGGGCACUGAGGAGUCUUGGAGAUACUGCGUCACGGAUACCAACAACGCUAUCGGGUUCGCAGUGGGCGCUAUGUUCGUUCGCGAGGUAUUUCACGGCGAAGCUAAAACCCAAGGAGAAAUCAUGAUAGACCAUAUACGAACAGCUUUUAAACAGAACCUCAAGAAUUUAGAUUGGAUGGACGCGGAAACUAUGGAGGCAGCGGAAACUAAAGCUGAUGCCAUCACAGACAUGAUAGGUUUCCCCGAUUACAUUCUAAAUAAGGAACAAUUAGACAAACAGUACGCCGAAUUGGAGGUGAAGCCAAAUGAAUACUUUGAAAAUAACAUCGCUUUCAACAUAUUUAGCUUGAAGAACGACCUUAAGAAGUUGGACCAGCCAGUUAACAAGACUAAAUGGGGUAUGACACCGUCGACAGUGAAUGCCUACUACACCCCCACGAAAAAUCAAAUAGUGUUCCCCGCCGGUAUUCUGCAGCUGCCCUUCUACGAUGGUGACAACCCCAAGAGUGUCAACUACGGAGCCAUGGGAGUUGUUAUGGGACACGAACUGACACAUGCGUUUGACGACCAGGGACGAGAGUACGAUAGGUUCGGCAACCUUAACCAAUGGUGGAACAACGCAACAAUAGGCCGCUUCAAGAAACGCGCUGAGUGCAUGCAAAAACAAUAUUCCGCUUACAAAAUGGACGGACUUAACUUGAAUGGCAAGCAGACGUUAGGUGAAAACAUCGCAGACAACGGAGGGUUAAAGGCGUCGUUCCACGCUUAUUUGGAUUACAGCAAAAACGCCAAAGUGAAUUACACACUGCCAGGCCUGAAGUACAACCAUAGACAGCUCUUCUUUAUAUCUUUCGCUCAGGUAUGGUGCUCGGCUAUGACCAAAGAAUCUACCAAAAUGCAAAUAGAGAAAGACGAUCAUACCGUAGCCAAAUACCGAGUGAUAGGCCCAAUAUCCAACUUAAAAGAAUUCUCUAACGAGUUCAAUUGUCCCAUCGACUCGAAAAUGAAUCCCAAGCAUAAAUGCGAGGUAUGGUAA